AUGGAGCAUCCCGACAUUGUCAGCCAUGACUCGGAUGGCUCGGGGUCCUCAGAUGACUUUCCCCCUCAAUACCCUUUGAGGGCCAACUCAUCCUUUGGUGAGCCCUUCAUCGAUGGGGCCCAGGUCCAGACUCCGGCCACGACCAUCACCUCCUCCCCUCCCUCACACUCGUCAAGUCUGGGCUCCUCAUGGUCCAGCACUCCAACCGCCCGGCCACGAGGGGCUAGUGUUGGAGCCUCUGCUGUCCUCGACAAAGUUGAUCCUCAUGCCAUGGCCACUGAUUUGCGCCUUCAACGCCCAUCGGCUCCCGCGAGAACUCCCUCCAAUACGUACGCUCCCCAGCGCCGUCCACCGCAGUAUAUCAGCCUUCAGAGCGACCGACAACGCUCCUCCUCCGCCAAAAGGGGCACCCGACGCGACCCAAACGCGCAAUACCGUGCCCAGGAAAAGGCUUAUGUCCAGCGCAUUAGGGCCAACCCGCAGGCCUGGUACCACCAUUUCGACGACGCGCAAUCCGCCAACAUGAUGGUGGCAGAUGCGGAUCUCGAGGAUCCCUCGCCCUCCUCAGAGGUUCCCUUCGACGACGAUUCUUAUGACCCCGAUACCCAACUAUUCCUCCCAGAUGACAACAUGCCGACGAUAGAAGAGCUGAAGAACCCGAAGAACCAGGAACGGCUGGAAUGGCAUUCAAUGUUGGCGUCCGUACUCAAGGGAGACGUGGUCAGACAAGAGAAACAACGGUUGAUUGACUCGACGGAAUCAAAGCGAUCGGCUGCCUUGGGCCAUGCGCUCUGGAUGGGUGUGCGAGCGAGGGCUUGUGGACGUAGCAUUGCUCUGCAGCGGAAGCUCAUUGAGGAUUCUCGAGCGCAGCUUGGCCCGUUGAUUGAGGAGAUCAUCAACUUCCAGAUCAAGGGUGAGACGGAGAUUGGCAAGCCACCCAGACAACAGGUGGAGGACGUGGUGGCAAAGGUCGAGAAAUGUGAAGUUCUCUAUUCUACUUCCAAGGAAAUGGAAGCCGCAAACCCUCGUACCGCGUCAGAAGAAUUUUAUUCGAGUCGCGCCGCCAUUUUUGCCUGGCAUAAUAUCACGGCUCUCAUCAACACCGAGUUGGCCGUCUUGCAAAGCUGGGUGGGUAACGAUGCUCUGGAUUUCAGCCAGCCCAGAACAAAACAUGAGAACAGCGAGUUAUCCGAAGACUCUUCGUUUUUGGAUCGCAUCAUGAAGGAAGAUGGUUUGAAGACGCUUCAAGGCGACCACAGCAUGCUGAAUGGACUCGGGAGAGUCAUUCAGAAGGCAAAGGGUACGCUAAUUGAGAACGCGGAGGCCUUUGCUGCCCGGCAUUUGCCGCCAUAUAUUGAAGAGCUCUUGACUUUGAUCAAUUUCCCCUCACGAUUGAUUCAAGAGAUUAUUCGCGUUCGAUUGUCUUACGCUAAGAAUAUGAAGGACCCUGCCCAGCAGUCUCCUAUCUUGGUGGAUCAGAUGAUUUCACAGUUCCAGAUUUUGAUGAGGGUGGCUACGCAUAUCAAGCAACGAUACCUCGAAAUUUCGAGACCCGAGCCUGGCUGGGACCUGCCGCCCUGUGUUGACGAGAAUUUCGAUUCUGUGGUCUUGGAUGCAAUGAAAUACUAUUUCCGCAUCCUCAACUGGAAAUUGAAUGCCAACAAGAACACCUUCAAGGAAGCUGAAAUUCUUGAACAAGAAUGGGAGUUUUCAUAUGUCAUUGGCCGACAAUUUGAGAACGGUGACAUUGAGGUGGCUGAACAGUUUAGUGCAUUGACUGCCAAGUCACUUCAACGACUCAUGAUCCAUUUCGAACGCGAGCUUGUACCGAGACCUAAUGAGAGCGUGGCGGAUAUGGACAAGCGUUACAAGAGUAUCCUCGAUUCAACGCGUAUUCGCCAGCGCAAGCUGUAUCGAUUCUCGAAGUUCCUUUGUGAACUCUUUGAGAACGCCACCGAGUAUAACUUGACGACCGAUAUUGCAUACGAAUUUUUCGAGGCGCUACUUGUCUCCGAUCAUUUCCUUGUCACAUCCCCCACUUCAGUUGGUCAGAAAGGAGUUUAUUUGAUUGCACACCACUCAUUGUGGAAUCGCCCCGGCGAUAUUCAAGCUAUCCUUGCCACCUCUUUCCGAGAAGACGAGUCCACGAAGGAUGGCCCACAUAUUCCGUAUGUGCUGGUCAUUCGCCCGGAGAAGCCCCUGGCAUGGGCUGGCAAAGAAAUGAAGAUUGAUUUCUUAGAGCAACCGACCGAUGUGCGACUUGGAAAGCUCCGUCUCGUCGUCGAGGGUAUGCAGGAGCGACUGCAGAAUGCCAGGAUGGAGUUGGCUCAACUCACGGGCAUCCAGCUAGACAUGGCGAUCGAGCAGCGCGCCAAUCUGGGCCGUGUCAAUGUGGAGUUGAACAAAAUCAAGAAAAUCUCUUUCAAGCUGUCCAUGGCUAUCAUGGACAGUGUGGCUGUGAUCAAGAAUCAACUUCGGGAGAAGACAUGGGAGAACAACGAACUGAUUCAGGCUUGCUAUGCGUUUGCAACUGAAUUUGGUAAGCGUUCGUCUAAUUAUGUCGAUUCCAACCGACGUGCCAUGAACAGUGCCCGUCUAGUGGAGCUGUCUCUCGACUGGGUGUCCUUCAUCUGUGAUGAGUGCGACGCUGCGGACCGGAAGACUUUCAAGUGGGCGGUUGCGGCCCUGGAGUUCGCGAUGGCCAUCACUUCCAGCCGACAUUUGCUGUCCAUGGACGAGGAAGAGUUCAGUCGUCUGCGGUUGAAGGUAGCGGGUUGCAUGUCCCUGCUGAUCUCUCACUUUGACAUCAUGGGCGCUCGCUCCUCUCUUGCUGCUCAAGCUGAGAAACAGCGCAUGGAGGAGCGUGCGGGCUACCGCAAAGUCGGCGCUGGUCGCAUACUUAGCGAUGAAGAAGCCUCAAAGCUGAUCCGCGAGCAAUGGCUCGCUCGGGUGAUGGAGAUCGAAGACCGCAGAGUGGAGGAAGACGCCAAACGCCAGGCGCUCGGCAGGGUCCUCGAGGGCUCCAACGAGGCCGACCGCUCUCUGACGGUACUCUCAUCUUCUGCUACAAACGUCACUUUGCGUUGGCAGCAGGGCCAGUUCAUUGGCGGAGGUACUUUCGGCUCCGUCUACGUGGCUAUCAAUCUGGACAGCAACUACCUGAUGGCCGUCAAGGAAAUUCGUCUGCAGGAUCCUCAGCUCAUCCCCAAAAUCGCACAGCAAAUUCGUGAUGAAAUGGGUGUCCUGGAAGUAUUGGAUCAUCCCAACAUUGUAUCCUACCACGGCAUUGAAGUGCAUCGUGACAAGGUUUACAUCUUCAUGGAGUACUGCUCAGGCGGCUCACUUGCUAGCUUGUUGGAGCAUGGCCGCAUUGAAGAUGAAACGGUCAUCAUGGUCUACGCACUUCAACUUCUGGAGGGUCUAGCCUAUCUUCACCAAGCAGGCAUUGUGCACCGCGACAUCAAGCCCGAGAACAUCCUCCUGGAUCACAACGGAAUCAUCAAAUACGUCGACUUCGGUGCCGCAAAGAUCAUCGCCCGGUCGGGUCGUACAGUCGCACCAAUGGACGGACCCAACGGCGGCAUUCUCGGAAAGGAUGCCCAGAUAGCCAACCAGCGGGGCAAGAACCAGAAGACCACCACGGGUACCCCGAUGUACAUGUCUCCUGAAGUCAUCCGCGGCGACUCCCCCGACCUAGUCAACCGCCAAGGCGCCGUCGACAUCUGGUCACUGGGAUGUGUGGUCCUAGAAAUGGCGACUGGACGCCGUCCCUGGUCCACCCUUGACAACGAAUGGGCGAUCAUGUACAACAUCGCCCAGGGUAACCAGCCCGCCUUGCCAACUCAGGAUCAACUUAGCGACACAGGAAUCGACUUUGUGCGCCGCUGCUUCGAAUGCGACCCUCUGCGCCGACCUACUGCCGCCGAACUACUGCAACACGAGUGGAUCGUCUCAAUCCGUCAGCAAGUCGUCGUCGAACCUCCAACGCCCGGCAGUGAAAACGGCUACAGCAGUUCAAGCUCUAUCAGUCGCCAGAGCUCGACCUACGCCUGA